AUGGGCAAGAGGAACAAGCCACCACCUAUCAAGACUGACGUCCCUACGGCAGCACCCGACGACGGCGAGGUACGCGGCGCCACUCGGGCGCUUCUGUGGCCCAUCUCCGCCCUCCUCCACUCCAUCCACACCCUCCUCACUACCCUCCUCCUCUCCGUUAUCGCCCUCGGUCCGAUGCCUACACACAUUGGAUUCGUCAUGGAUGGGAAUAGGCGGUAUGCACGAAGCCACGGGCAGAGGAUUGCGCGCGGGCACGAGAAGGGCAGCGAGUCGCUCAAGCGGACCCUCCGGAUCUGCCUGCGCCUCAAUAUCCCCAUCGUGUCGGUGUACGCGUUCGCGAUCGACAACUUCCGCCGUUCUCCAGAGGAGGUGGACACGUUGAUGCGCCUCGCGACCGAGUCGCUGGCCGAGAUCUGUCGCGAGGGUGGCUUCCUCCAGCAACACAGCAUCCGGUUACGCUGCAUCGGACGCAUGGAACUACUCAAGCCCGACAUGCAGAAAGCAUUACAGGAGAUGGAGGCGGCGACUGCGGGGAACAAGAACGGCGUGCUCAACGUAUGCGGACCCUACGCUUCGCGGGACGAGAUUACGACUGCGGUGCGGGAUACGCUAGCCUCCAAUCCGAGCCCUAAAGCCAUCACACCAGAAGCUGUGUUUGGACGCCUGCAGUCCGUAUCUGCUGCUGAGGACAUUGCGGCUGGUGGAGGUGCGCUCGACAUCCUCAUCCGUACGAGUGACACGAAACGCCUCUCGGACUUUAUGCUCUGGCAAGCGGACCGGGGCGCGCAGGUCCACUUUGUCAAGACGUACUGGCCUGAUUUUGGGCUGACGGACCUGUUGCCCAUCCUGUUGGGGUGGCAGCAGCGCGAGUGGUUGCGAGGCGAGCGGCACGAGGGGUGGGAGUAG